AACUACUUAACUUUAGAAUAGCGACUAUAUUCAAAAUAUUUGAUGAAAAUAAUCUAUAUAUGUAUUUACACGGUAAUAAUUAUAAUUAUUAGUGCUUUUAAAAUUCUACGAAAAAUUAUCAGACUCUAGACCUUUCUAACAACCUCAAUGUCAAUAUUUACAAUAAUCGCUGUCUUAAAUUCUAAGCUUGUAUUAUUUGGAAAGAAACUAUACAAAAUCAACUACUUCAUCAAUAAUCAACAUAACUAUAUAUCUCUGCAAAACUAAAAUAUUACUCAGUUUCAUUGACGUCGUUGCACCGAUAGCCUCUAAAUAAUUAUCCUGACUUUAACAACACAAUUUUUUGUUAUUUAUUAUAAAAUCUUUAUAAUUAUAAAAAUGGACGAAACAAGUGAAAAAUCUGGUACGUGGAUGAAAAUUUUUAAAAAUAACAAAAAAAGGUCAACAUCUCUUGAUACAAGUGACGUAACUUCGCCAAGCUCAUCAGGCUCGACAGAACAUGAAGCCAAUAAUAUUGAUGCAAUUAUUGGUAAAUUGGACACAAUUUCGAUUCACAGUGAUCAGCAGAUACCUUGUACUUCAUACUACCGAUCACAUGUGAGUGUUAAUCCCAAUGGUGAGGGUAGUAAUGGAGAAAUUUUUGAGAAAGUAGGAGCAACAAUUGAACUUUAUGUGUUGCAAGACAAUCAUCCGAAUAAAAAAUUGUUUGAUGAGAUACGGAAUAUUUUAAUAUGCUUCAAAUUACUUGGUAAGAUACCUAAGCUUGUAGACCAGCAGUGUCAUUUGGUUGAUUCUCAUAUGGAAAUCGAAAGCAAUCAUUGGAAGGAAAUAAAUGAAAGUAUGAAGCCUAAGCUAAGUACUUUGCAGAGAUUAAAAAAUGCUACAUUUUCAGUUCUGGAUAUAGUAGAGCUUCGAUCUUGUGUGAAAAGAAUUAAUAAUGACAAUAAGAUAAUCCACGAAUACUUGAAAGGAAAACAAAAGUUGAUAGACCGAUCUCUAUCGAUUUUGUGGUGUAAGAUCGUCAGUGAAUACGCCUUAACUUGCAAACAUAUACUCAUACGUAUUGCCUAUGAUAUGGAUUAUUUUUCGCCAGAUAAUAAUAAUAACAAGGAUCGCGCAUAUGUCUCCAUGAAAACCGAUCAACUGUUUGAUUUAAUUGAGAAGUUUGAAAUAAGUUUCAAAAAAUUAAAUGAAGCUUUCAAGAGCAUGGAUAGCAUUUUUCACAACAAUAAUGAGACUAUUUAUUCACUCCUGAACCCAGAAUUGUCUAUUUGCAUACUGCAUACUGCAUCGAUCAAGGAAAUAAUCAGCAAAGUGGAGCCAAUGACUGUUGAUAAAUUGAUAGAGGUCUUACAAAAAUACAUCCUAGAAGCUAAAUGCUGAGUGAUUUUAAUAUAGAACACAAACUUUCAUCUAAAAUAAUGGGGGACAUAAUAACCCGCAUGUUUACAAGAGACUUUGUCUGCUCGUUCACCUGAAAUUCUCUCAGUUUCACAUUCGAAACAGUUGUUUAAUCACCUAAAAAUGUCGCUCCUGCAAAUUAUUAUUUCAACAAUUCUCAGUAUACAGUUCAUUCAAAUUGACUCAAAGUCACUCGAUAAUCCGUUGACACUAAAAAAUUUACAACUUACUGCUCCAUUAUUUCAACCUAAAGUAAAUUUUUCAUCACCAAUCAACGCUAAACAAUCAAUGACAGUACGAGCAAUAAAGCCGAUCGGCCAAAAUCGCCAUGGAAAAUUUUUUUACUCUCCAUCAUUUCUUACUGGUUUGGGAAUCGGGAGCUUAGCAAGUUCAGCAGCAUUGUCCUCAUCUCCGCCGAUGUUAUCACCAAAUUCAGAACCGCUGUCACGAAGAAACUCACGACCAAUGAACAUGUUCAUGGAGACAAAUCAAAGUUUGCCGAGACCUCAAAUUCCUAUGCCACCGCAUUAUUUGAAUCCUUACGACGCAAAUUAUCCAUACCUUGCACUUUCAACAAGUCUGUUUGAUCAUUCGCUUCGCUCGAUUUACAGCUUGCUGGAAAACUUGAAGAAUCAGUUGGCGAACAGGGAAACUACUAAAGAGCCAACCAGAGUAACUGUCAAAAAUGUAAACGACGAAAUUAACAACAGUGCCGAGGAGACUUCCAACGUUAAAAUUGUGAGCAAAGAUGAUGGAAGUCAUUUUGGCGUCGUCGAUCGCACUAUUUUAAAAGAUGUCAUUAAAGAAUCCAUUGAAGAGAUAAACAAAGAUUUAGAACAAAGGCAAGUAACGAAUAUUCGAGCCAUUAAGAACAAUACAAAUAUCACAGAAACGAACAAGCAAAAUCAAACUGAGAAUACCAGCACAAAUAGUCCUGUCACAACUCCAACUCCAAUACCAACUACGGUGUCACCAAUUAUUACAACUUCUAAGCCGGGAUAUCAUGGUGGUAAUCCACAGCCCAUAAAUAAUGUAAAUUUAAUAAAUGGAUUUCCAUCAACUGAAUAUGGGCAUCCUCACAAUGAAAUUCAUUAUGGCCCACCGCCAAGUAUUUUUGAUCAUGGAAAUAUCAAUGGGUAUGGCCAUGAUCAUGUAUUUGCACAAAAUCAUCUUCAUGAUCAUGGAUUUGCGCAAACCCAUCCUCAUGAACAUGAAGUAUUUAAUCCAGACUACUAUCAUUCUGAGUCAUAUUAUGGAGCUCCAGAAAAUCACUCGCCAGCAGAUUCUUUUCCGUCACCAACCGCCGAAAACUGGCCCGUCUAUCCACCUUAUGCAAGGGCAUUCAAAGUUUCCAGUAAAACUAUACCGAAAACAAAUAUUUUUAGGCCAAGUAAACUAGUAUAAACAUUAGUUUAAUCAUUUUUGCUUUUAUAAAUAAAUAUUUUUUUGCAUUGCUUAACUUUGUUAACUAAUGAUUAUAAAAACAUGCAUGGAUUUACCAAUCUUUUAAAAUUAUUUAUCAUUUUUAAGUACAAUAAUUUAAUUUAAUCGAAUUCAGGCAUGUACUAAAAAAACUUAAAUUUAAAAGAACAGUAAACUUUAUAAUGUAACCACAUAUUUUUAUUGACACAAUUGUGUGAGUAGAUUGCACAGAUGUACUAUGAAAAUACAGUACCUAAAUAAUAGAUGGCUUAUAAAAAUUGAGCAGCAUUUAUCAAGUUACGGUAUCAAUAAAAAUAAAAAUAGUAUUUAAGUAUAA